AUGGUGUUUCUUGCCCGUCAUGUGGAGACGGACGGCAGCUGGGAGGAGCCUUUGAUCGGAGAGAGACGAACCCCGCCGGGCACCGGCACCCCCGGGCACUGGCAGCACCGGCACGGCAGCGCCGGCACCGGCAGCACCGGGCACCGGUACCGAGGCACCUCCGGGCAGCCACAGCCCCGGGCACGGGCGCCGCCGGCCACCGACACCCCCGACACCGGCACCGGAGCAUUGCCGGCACCGGCAGCACCGGCAUCCCCGGGCACCGGCACCGCGGCACCUCCGGGCAGCCACAGCCCCGGUCCGGCAGCCCCGGUCCGGCAGCCCCGCCGACACAGCAGUCGAGACCGCGGCACCGCCGGGCAGCAGCGAAACCCUCAGCACAAACCCCGAGACAUCGCCGGCACACCGGGCAGCGCACCCCCGGGCACCGGGACCGGAGCCCCAGGGCACCAACACCGGGCUGAGAUGCUUCCCGGGGAGGGCCCCCUCGCCUUCCUCCUUCGGUGCCUCCUGCUCCUCUUCGCCUCCGAGAGCCGAGCCCGGGCUCGGCCAGACACGUUCUGUGACUUCAACGGCAAGAAGUACAGCCCAGGGGAGAGCUGGCACCCGUACCUGGAGCCCCAGGGGCUGAUGUACUGCAUCCGCUGCAGCUGCUCCGAGAACACCAACAUCAGGUGUUACCGGAUCCAGUGCCCAGCUCUGCCGUGUGCCAGCCCUGUCACGGACCCCCAGCAGUGCUGCCCACGGUGCCCUGGGCUGGGCUGGUGGGGCAUCAGUGCUGCACUGGGGCCUGCCCCUCAUCCUGCUUCUUUCUCAUCCUCUUUUCCAGAGCCACAUUCUCCAUCCGGCCUCCGUGCACCUGCCAGGUCCUGCCAGUACAACGGGACCACGUACCAGCAGGGCGAGAUGUUCAGCACCAGUGAGCUCUUCCCCGGCCGCCAGCCCAACCAGUGUGUGCAGUGCAGCUGCUCCGAAGGCCAGAUUUACUGUGGCUUGGUGACCUGCCCCGAGCUGCUGUGCUCCUCCCCCUUAACUGUGCCGGAUUCCUGCUGCCAGGUCUGCAAAGAUGGCUCCUUUGAGAAGUCCACGGAAGAGGAACCACUGCAGCUAAACAGAGGUGUUAGACACUCACAAGACCAGUGCUUGGGAGAGGUGAUAGGGAGGAAGCCGCCUGGAGCCACUGUGUCCACUGUUCUCAGCUCUUCCUUGGAGUUAAUUCCUAGAAGCUUCAAACCCAAAGGAACAGGUGGCACCACUGUGAAGAUCGUCUUGAAAGAGAAGCACAAGAAAGCUUGUGUUUACAAUGGGAAGACCUACUCCCAUGGGGAAGUGUGGCAUCCCGUCUUCCGCCUCUAUGGCCUCCUGCCCUGCAUCCUCUGCACGUGCAGGGACGGCGUCCAGGACUGCCAGAAGAUCACAUGCCCUAAGGAGUAUCCGUGUGAAUAUCCAGAAAAAGUAGAUGGGAAAUGCUGUAAAAUAUGUCCAGAAACCAGAGUCAAACCCACAGAUGGACUCGCCACCCCCCGGUGCAGCAGGAGCCCCAGCCGUGUCCUGGUGUACACGUUCGUGCCGCCACGCUCGGAGGCCUCCAAGGAGAUCCUCAGGACCAUGGCAAUCGAGAAGGAGCUGGCAGAAGAGGUGGAAAUCUACAACUGGAAGCUGAUUAAAGGAAUAUUCCAUCUGAUCCAGACCAAGAAGAUCAGCAAACAGGAAUUCAAGCAAGAAGCACAAAACUUCAGGCUGAUCACUAGGACAAACGAAGGUCACUGGAACAUCUUCCGAGCCCAGACAUCUGAGCUGAGGAUGACAGAAAGCCCAGAGAAGGAAACAAAGAGCUUGUAAAGCAAAGAACUUUCCUCUAACUAUUGAUUUAUCUACACACAGACACACAUACACAUAUAUAUGAACUCCAGAGCUGCAUUAUUAAAUAGACUGGCACUGCAAUA